AAAUGAGAGCUGCGCGCUCCCGCCGCGGGAGAAGUGAACGCGCUUGAGGGGCUGCGGUCCCAUUGACGGUUCCGUCUCCCUGACAGCAGCAUCAGCAUCAGCAUCAGCGGCGGCGCUGCAAAACAAGAAGUCGCCGCCUCGCCUCGCAGCCACGCAGCCGGGCCACCGGACCGAGCGGAGACCUGAGCCGCCCUCAGAGGACCCCCCCCCCCCCCCCCACCCCCCACCCCACACCCACCUCUCUCUGCCUCGGCCUGAAGGAAGGAAGCGAGAUCCCCCUCCCGUGUGCCAUCAUCCCGACCGACUGCCGGAGAUAUGGGCUCCCCGUAAUACGGAGGUGGCGGAGGGGAGAGGCGGGCGGGCUGGCGGUGGGAGGGGGGUGGGGGGAGAAGACAGCGGAGCAGCGAGAGGGAGAAAGAGAGGCUGAAAGCGGCAACCGGGAACCGAAGCGCUACCACCACCGCCGCCGCUGCUGCCACCGUCACCGCUGCUACUACUGCCGCAGCUAGCACCGACAGGGCUGCUGCCACCGCCGCCGCCGCCCUGGGUGCCCCCCGUCGCCGCCAUGGGAACUCCGCAUCAGUCGCUCCAACCGCCGCUUUGUCCGUGGACCAUGUCGUGAUCCGUGGGCUCCGCCAGCGGGUUUUCUAUCCGUGAUCCCGACCGAGGCGAGGAGGGGGAGGAGGAGGAGGAAGAGGAGGAGAAGGAGAGAGGGAGGGAGGGAAGGUGGUGGUGGUGGUGGAGAAGAUGUUCGCCUCGGUGGGCCCUCGGGGCGGCCCGCGCCCACUGGUCGCCCCGGCCAUCCCGGAGCCAGACCUGAGCCAUCUGACGGAGGAGGAGAGGAAGAUCAUCAUGGCUGUGCUGGCUCGGCAACGGGAGGAGGAGGCGAAGGAGGAAGCCAUGAUAAAAGAAGAGAAGCCUAUCCAAGCAAGAACGGUGAACCUGGUUGGGCAGAAGAAACCGCAGCAAAAUGACGUCCGGUGAGUGGCAACAGUCAUUUUUGUCACCCACCAACUCUGUAUCACCUCGUCGAUAUGGAAUUGAAAGAGGACAUAUCAUACUCAUUUUCAGGUUCAUACAUGUAUUUGGAGUUUCUACUAUAACAUGUUUACAUGCUUUCAGGUUCAAAUAGUCUUUACUUUUCUCAUACUGUCUGUCUGAAUAUUGUAAUCACCCUCUGUCUGAAACGCUUCUUUUAAGCGCCUGUCUCUUUAAGCACCCCUCCCGAAAAAACCUAGACUGCUGUGAUUGACUUGCGAGGAAAAUAUGGUGCGCUGGUUCCAUAUACUGUAUAUAAGAAGUGGACGUAGUCAUCGUGACGUCACCCAUUGGUUUGUAGACUGCUGUUUUGAAGCCUCGAGUUUGUCGAUUUCAUCAUUAGCCAAUGUACAGAAGUGACCAUAUUUGGAAUGCGGAGGAGUGACACAGAGACACCGUAUACGUCUCUG